AUGGUGUUAGGGGAUGAAGGGCGGGGGCGGGCGCUGCAGGCGGCGCUGGCGGCCUGCCUGCUGGUGGGCGCGCUCAGCCCUGAGCCCCUGGAGCCUUGCGCGCGCAGCCCACUCUGCUCGUGCCGCGCCGCGCACAUGUCCUGCAUCGCCGUCCCACUUCACAGGUUUCCAGAAUGGCCCCGAAUAGAGCUGCAACACCUGGACAUAAGCAUGUCAAAUUUAGAAAUAAUUGCAGAAAGCGCCUUAGAUGGUUUACAUUUACAGACAUUAGUACUUGUAGCAAACCGAUUGCAUCAUAUUGAAUCUCAUGCCUUUAGUUCGAUGGCUAAUUCACUUGCAUCACUUGAUCUCGGAUACAACGAUUUCACAGAGGUACCUCAUCAAGGUCUAAAAGACUUAAAAGUUUUAAACUGGUUAAAUUUGCAAAACAAUAAUAUAGCACACAUCGGAUCUGAUUUAAAAUGGUAUCAUUUAGAGGAUACACUAACAAGCCUCUCGUUAAGCAACAAUCAAAUUACAGAAUUAAAUGAAAAAUCAAUCACAAGUCUCAAUCACUUGCUACAAUUAGAUUUGGAAGGAAACUUUUUAAGAACGAUCGAUUCAAACUCACUUCCAUCUUCGUUAACUGUCCUAAAGCUGUCGAAUAACUUUUUAAAAAGCCUUCCCUGUGAUUUAAUACAUAAUGUUCCUAGAUUACAAUCAUUACACAUGCGGCAUAAUAUGAUUAAUUUUAAAAUAAACUCGAGUUGUAUUAAUAAUAAAACUAAAAAAAUUGAAAAGGUAGAUUUAAGUAAUAAUAAGAUAAGCGAUAACACUGAUUUCCUUUUCCUCAAGGAAUUUCAAAUUAGGCAAAUUAUUCUCGAUCUAAACGAAUUAACUCUCGUACCAAAAUUAUUAGUUACGAAUAAUCGUAUUGAGCGAUUAUCAAUAUCUUACAAUAAUCUUCGUGCUAUUUAUCAUGAUAUAUUUUUAGGUCUGAAAAAUUCUUUAGAACAUUUAGAAGUGGAACACAAUAAAUUGUCUUACUUACCGGACAGUUUGGCGCAGGUCGUACGACUUCGACAUUUAUCUUUAGCAUAUAAUCAAUUUGAGGUGUCCCCCUUACUCCCGAGCCGUAUACAAACACUUUCCUUCGCCGGAAACUUUUUAACUACAAUACCAUCUACGCUUCAUAACAUCGAGGCAGGUUCGAUUCGUUAUUUAGAUUUAAGCUACAACCGCAUAUCUUCUUUAAAUACUAACGAAUUUCGAGAAUGGUCCACAUCUUUAUCAACUAUUAUUUUAAAAGGUAAUAGAAUUGCUCAAAUCUCUAACAACGUCUUCCCGGCGCAGAUGCCAGUGAAAGAGAUUAAUCUCAGUUUCAACGACUUAUACUACAUACAUCCUGAGUGCUUCUCUAAUUUAACAGGUUCCUUGAAUAUCCUCGAAUCCUCCUCGACCCUCUUUAGUGGACAUUUUCCUUUUGACUUUGAUGAAGGUUUAGAAAAACUUAGUUGGUUAUCGUUUGAUAAUAAUGAUUUUUAUAUUGUAAAAUUACUCGAUAUGGUCGCGUUACCUGAAUUAAAAUAUUUAAAUUUAGAUAAUAAUAGAUUAAUAGAUAUAAUUUUAGACGAUUCUUAUAAUAUUUCGCUGGCUAUAGCUAAUCUUAGAUUGUCAUACAACUUUUUGAGUUACGUACAUAAUUCGACGUUUAACUUUAUGCCGGAUUUGAGGAAUUUAGAUUUAUCUUAUAACCGAAUUAACAACUUAACUAAAAACUCUUUUUAUAACUUAAGCAAUUUGAGAUAUUUAUCUCUUGCUAAUAAUAUAAUUAGUAGCGUAGAGGAGCACACUUUUGUUAACUUGCCUAAAUUGGAAGUGUUAGAAUUACAAAGUAACAAUUUCACGUAUUUCUCGCUAAGCUCGUUAAAGAAUGUUUCAGAUGUACAUAUAACUUUUACAUUAAAUAUUAGCCAUAAUCAAAUUAAAACUUUAAAAGGUUAUUCAUUUACUCCUAUUAGUAUUUUAGACGGCUCUUACAACGGCCUAACUGAGGUGCCAAAUAACUUUUUUUCUUCCACGGAAUCUUCCAUUAGACAAAUAAUUUUAUCGCAUAAUAAAAUUACACAUAUUCCGAACGAUGUUUUUGGAGAGUCCUUGUUUUUGGAAAUAUUAGAUGUACAUAAAAAUAAGAUAAAUGUCAUCAAACGUAAAGCUUUCACUCGGCUCAAGUCUUUACAAAUUUUAGAUUUUUCUUUUAACGGCGUCACCCAACUAUCGGUGGAACAGUUUUGUAAUUUAAGUAAAUUGAAAUAUUUAAAAAUGGACCACAAUAAUUUAAGAUUGCUACCUAGGGACGUGUUUAAAAACACGAGAAUAGAACAUUUGGAUAUUAGUUAUAAUGAAAUUUCACUGUUUCCUGUAACGGCUUUGUCGCAAGUUGGUUUCACUCUGCGAUAUCUUGAUUUAUCGCAUAAUCGAAUAGAAUACCUUGAUAAUAACAUAUUCCGAAAUACUCAGUUUCUGUUGAGCCUCAAUUUACGGAAUAAUUUAUUGACUGUAUUAUCCGAUAAUACAUUUUCUAGCCUGGGUGGCUUGCGUCGGUUAGACCUUGGUGGUAACGUAAUAAAGGCUAAUUUCAAAGAGCUGUUCCACAAUCUUCCAAACUUAAGAUAUUUAAAUCUCGCCAACGUAAGUUUAAAGUCUGUGCCUUAUCUUCCGCUGGCAAACUUGACUACUCUUAAUCUAACAUCAAAUUAUAUUUCCAGUUUCAAAGAGACUGAUGUAAAACGCCUUGUGAGCCUUCGACACUUGGACGUUAGUCACAAUCGUCUUAAUUUUCUUGUGCCAAAUAUGUGGUAUCAUUUAAAGAAUUUAAAUGUACUAGAUAUAUCUUACAAUCCUAUUGAGAAAAUUACUAUAAAUAGUUUUAAGUGGUUAAGUAACUUAUCGUACUUAAAUAUAAUUGGGCUCAAUAACUUAGAUGUAAUCGAUGUAGAAUCCUUCCGUCCUUUGAUAUCUCUACGAUCUAUACAACUUGAGACCUUGUCGCCAAUUAACCUUUCCAACUUUUACAUAUCUAACUUAACAAAUUCAUUACCAUCAUUAACUAAGUUAAUUAUUCACUGGACUGAUGAAAAUAUGGAUAAACAAUUACAUGGAAUCGACGCACGUAAUAUACGAUACAUAGAAAUAAAAGGAGAACGCUUAAAAAAUAUAUCUGACGACGCGUUUCAAUCCUUUGCAUCGAAUCAUGAAAUCUUUAUUAAGAUAACUGAAACGUCGAUAACAACAUUACCAAAUAAAUUCAUGAAACAUCUUGGCCUCGUUCCACAACUGGGGAUUGACCUCAGUUAUAAUAAAAUUGAAAAUCUUAAUCCGGCCAUAUUCUAUCCGAACUUCACGAGUUGGAGUCACGUCGCUACCAAACUAUUAUCAGGUGGUCUGAUCCUGACGGGCAAUCCAUUACGCUGCGAAUGCGAACUGAACUGGCUGGGAGCUUGGCUACGGCGAUGGUUUCAAGAGAACGAGGCCGGAACAGAACUACGUAGAGCUGUUAGAGAUGCAUUCUGUAUCGACAAAAACAACCGUAGAGUACCUCUAGUACAGCUGAGAGCAGAUGAGGCCGAAUGCCACGCUAGCGCCCUCUCCAGUGAUGCCCAACCAAACUACACUAAUAUCUUAUACAUGGUUAUAAUAACCCUUUGUACACUCGCAUUAAGAUGAUAAAUAAUAAGGAAUUAAUUAGCCUAAUAUUGUACAUAUUGUCUUAUUGUAUUUUACAUGCUAAGUUUUGUUACCGAGAUUGUUUAACGCUUCAACA